CAACUGAAAAUAGACGAUUGCUUUCCGCCGACGAGGCAGGUUCGAUUCAAUUCAGCGCGACUAAAGUUGGGCAAAACAAUUCUACCAUCUAUCGUUAAUCGUCGGUCGGUUUCAACCAAAAAUAAGAACAAAUUGUUGAACGCAAAGGCAACCAACGGGUUUUGGCUAAGACGGCUUCACCAUGGGUGAUAUGUUUCGAAGUGAGGAAAUGGCCCUGUGCCAGAUGUUCAUACAACCGGAAGCAGCGUACACUUCAGUUUCCGAAUUGGGUGAAACAGGAUGUGUGCAAUUUCGUGAUUUGAAUAGUGGCGUCAAUGCGUUUCAACGUAAAUUUGUAACUGAAGUUCGUCGUUGUGAUGAGCUGGAGCGGAAAAUACGUUACAUCGAAGCUGAGAUCAAAAAAGAUGGUAUUGUCAUGCCAGAAAUUAUUGACGACAUACCGAAAGCCCCAAAUCCCAGAGAAAUCAUUGAUUUGGAAGCUCAUUUGGAGAAGACUGAAAACGAAAUCCUUGAAUUAGCUCAAAAUGAAGUAAAUUUGAAAUCCAACUACCUGGAAUUGACCGAACUUCGCAAAGUGUUGGAGAACACACAGGGUUUCUUUUCCGAUCAAGAAGUUCUCAAUUUGGACAGCAGUAACCGCGGAGGUGCCGAUGAUGUGGCCGCCCAAAGCCGUGGUCGUUUAGGAUUCGUGGCUGGUGUUAUCAAUCGCGAGCGUGUGUUUGCCUUCGAACGCAUGUUGUGGCGUAUUUCACGCGGCAAUGUGUUUUUGAAGCGUUCCGACUUGGAUGAACCCCUCAAUGACCCUGCCACCGGCCAUCCAAUAUACAAGACCGUCUUUGUAGCCUUCUUCCAGGGUGAGCAGCUAAAGAAUCGCAUUAAGAAGGUAUGCACAGGUUUCCAUGCUUCAAUGUAUCCAUGUCCAAGUUCACACACAGAACGUGAGGAGAUGGUAAAGGGCGUACGUACUCGCCUGGAAGAUUUGAAACUGGUUUUAAGCCAAACUGAAGACCAUCGUAGCCGUGUUUUAGCCACCGUCUCAAAAAAUUUGCCUUCCUGGUCGAUAAUGGUAAAAAAGAUGAAGGCUAUCUACCACACAUUGAACUUGUUCAAUAUGGAUGUGACCAAAAAGUGCUUGAUUGGUGAAUGCUGGGUACCCACCAAGGAUUUGCCCAUUGUACAGAAGGCUUUGUCAGAUGGUUCCGCUGCUGUCGGAAGUACUAUUCCAUCAUUCUUGAAUGUCAUCGACACCAACGAACAACCACCUACUUUCAAUCGCACAAACCGUUUUACUCGUGGCUUCCAAAAUCUAAUUGAUGCCUACGGUAUUGCCUCUUACCGUGAGUGCAACCCCGCUUUGUACACUUGCAUAACAUUCCCCUUCCUAUUCGCCGUCAUGUUUGGUGAUUUGGGUCAUGGUUUCAUUUUGACCCUGUUUGGUGCCUGGAUGUGCAUAUAUGAGAAAUCUCUGGCCCGCAAGAAAGGAGGAGAAAUCUGGAACAUUUUCUUUGGUGGCCGUUACAUCAUUUUGCUCAUGGGUAUUUUCUCAUGCUACACGGGUUUCAUCUACAAUGAUGUUUUCUCAAAAUCGAUGAAUAUUUUUGGCUCUACCUGGACACCUCGUUACAAUACCUCAACUGUAAUAAAGAACCCUUCACUGCAGUUGAAUCCCCAAUAUCAUGUCAAAGGUGUAUAUCCCAUCGGCUUAGACCCCAUCUGGCAAAUGGCUGAUAACAAGAUCAUCUUCUUGAACACCUAUAAAAUGAAACUGUCCAUUAUUACCGGUGUUGCCCACAUGAUAUUUGGCGUCUGUAUGUCGGUCGUCAAUUUUUUGCAUUUCAAGCGGGUAUCCAGCAUCGUUCUGGAAUUCGUGCCACAGAUCCUUUUCUUAGUUCUAUUGUUUGGUUACAUGGUCUUCAUGAUGUUCUUCAAGUGGGUCACCUACACUGCCGUGACAGAUGUGCAAGCCAAUACUCCUGGAUGUGCCCCCUCCGUCCUGAUUAUGUUUAUAAACAUGAUGUUGUUCAAGCACACCGAACCAUUGCCUGGGUGCAAUGAAUACAUGUUCGAUGGUCAAUCAUCUGUGGAACGUGUAUUUGUUUUCAUAGCCCUAAUCUGUAUCCCAUGGAUGUUGUUGGGCAAACCAUUGUACAUUAAAUUCACACGCAAAAACCAGGCUCACGCCAAACACAAUGGUGAAUUGACAGGUAACAUGGAAAUGAACGAAGGCGAAACUCAAUUACCAACAGCAUCCGAUGCUCAUGAAGGUGGCGGCCAUGGCCAUGACGAUGAGCCAAUGAGUGAAAUUUUCAUUCAUCAAGCCAUCCACACCAUUGAAUAUGUUCUAAGUACCAUUUCGCAUACUGCCUCCUAUUUGCGUUUGUGGGCUUUGUCAUUGGCUCAUGCCCAAUUAUCCGAAGUUUUGUGGAACAUGGUUUUAGCCAUGGGUUUAAAACAAACAUCCUAUUCUGGUGCCGUUGUUUUGUAUUUCAUUUUCGGCGCCUGGUGUCUCUUCACGUUGGCUAUUUUGGUUAUGAUGGAAGGUUUGUCAGCCUUCCUGCACACCUUGCGUCUUCACUGGGUCGAAUUCAUGAGCAAGUUCUAUGAAGGUUUGGGCUAUGCCUUCCAACCUUUUAGCUUCAAAGCCAUAAUGGACGAUGAUGAAGAGGAAUAAGUCCUCCAUGUGUUAUAAUCGUCCCUCCAGUAUUGUGGUACUCUUCCCACUGUUAAUUGUUGAAUAUGUCAAGAAAUGUUUGUUUUUGUUUUCAUAUCUUAUGUUUCCUUGUUUGUUCAUGUUUACUGAUAUUAAUGUUAAAAAAAGCAAUAUACAAUAAGUUAAUGAGACGAAUAAUUAUCGCGUAUACAACCAGAGAUAAAUUAAUAAUAAAAAUCCAAGAAGAGAACAGCAA